AGACAAAUUGCUACAGGUCUGUGGACCGAUGAUGAAGCGCACGCAGGGCUCCAGGUUGCCUGAUGGGCCGCAGGGCCCAUGCCCAGUGAGGAAUUGGUGCAGUUCACCAGGAGCCUUAGUUCUGCUGGCAGGGCGUCGAAAUGGAAGAGCUGCCUGCAAUCUUUGGAGAAGGCAUUUCUGAGCCAUCUCCAAUUGGAUGCCUUCGCCUACAGUGCCAGUAUCAAUGCCUGUGAUCGUGGUGCGAAGUGGCCCAAGGCCUUGUAUCUUGGGCGCCAAAUGCUGCUCCAAACCAUUCAGUUGGACACCGCCUGUUACGCUGCCAGCCUCAGCCUGGUGGCGCGACAAGAACGCUGGCCGCAAGCCAUGCAGCUGAUGGAGGAGAUCAGGAUGAAGUGGCUGACUCCAUCGAUCACAGCGUGUGCAAAUGCUCUGAUGGCAUUUACAUAUCCUCAGUGGCAGCCAGCUCUUGAAGCGGUCUUUACUGCAGUGACCUAUUGGCGGCUGGCACCCGAUCCCAUCCUCGCCAAUCAGCUGCUGAAUUGCGUCGAAGCAUCCGAGACAUCUGUGCUGCGGCAGAUGCAGCUGCUCAAGAUCCAGCUGGACGUGGUCUCCUACAAUGCCCUGCUGAGCAGCGCCGCCGCAUCGGCUGCCUGGAAGGGGGCACUGGAGGUGAUGCAGCGAAUGGCCACCGAAGAUCAGGCCUCCGACCAUGUCUCCAUGACCUGUCUCUGCGCCGCGGCAAAAAACGCUCAGCACUGGCGCCUGGCGACGCAGCUGGCGGAUGCCCUGGCACCCACCAACAGCGCUGCCACGGCAGCGCGCAGGGCUGGGAGGUGGCGCACCUCCUUAGCCCUCAUCGCUGACCUGCAGCUGCGCUUCGCUGAGACCGACAUCAGCAGCUUCAACGAGGAGGUGGGCGCCUGGGGCGUGGCCCAGUGGCCAAAAGCUUUGUGGCUCACUUUUUCCAAGCCGAAAAAGUCACGGGAUGAGGUGACUCUCACCGUCCUCCUGUCUUCAUUACUAGGCGCCAGCGAAUUCGCCCAAGCCUUGGUGCUACUGGAAGACCCCAAGCUGCGCUCAGAUCCCAUCAAUUAUCAGGCAUGCUUGCGCACAGCUGUCGGGGAACACGAGGAUGAGGUGGUCACAACACUUCUGGAGAGGCUUCGUCGGGAAGGGUUGCCACUUCCAUCGCGAUGUGUUUCUGAACUUCUUCAACAGGCCAGCAGAUCCAUAUCGUGGCGCCUAUUUGAUGCAGCACCCAGGGCGAAGGGCGCGAGUUUGUGGUUGACGCGUUGGCCAAGGUGGCUGGAUGCCACGAGGCUGAUUCAAAGCCUAGGGCAUAAUGGCUUGGAAGCUGAUGCGGUGCUGGCUGCGGAUGUGGCCCGCUGCUUCUUCGAGUCGUCCUUGCCCUGGCUUGAAGCCGUGGCAACGCUGACGCAGAUGCAGCGCGAUCAUGUCAGGCUGGACGUAAAGAGCAGCAACAGCAUCGCAGACUCAGGUAUCUCAGCCAGUUGUUGGCAUUUCUCGGUGGGUCUCUUGCAGUCCCUGCACACCAGGCGUCAGCCCUGGAGUUUGGUUUCCUAUACCACCUUCAUCGCAGCUUCGGAGUGGAUGAAGACGCUGGUGGUUCUGAAGCAGCUUCGAAAACAAGGCAUACGCCUGGAUACUGUGGGCUUCAAUGGUGCUUUGGGAUCUGUGGCGGAUUCCUCUUGGCGAGAGGGAAUGGCCAUGAUGCUCGCUGAGGAGGCGGCGGGAAGUGACGUCGACGUGCGAAGCUUCUCUGCUGUGCUUUCUUCCAGUGACUGGCGUAACGCCAUUCGCAUUGUGAUGAGGAUGCUGCAGAGGCGUGUUGUGCCGGAUCGCAUUGCGUCUGACAUUGCCAUUGGUAGCGUUGGCAAGGCAAAGGUGGCGAAGGCCCUGGAUCUACUGGUGUUGCUUCAACACGAGUCCCUUGAGGUGGGCAGUCGUGCUGCAAUCUCCAGUUGUGCCAGCGCAGCGCGUUGGGCCACGUCUCUUCAACUCCUCUCAGGAACUGAAGACACCAUCUCGUAUGGUGCUGCCAUUGCCUCCUGUGAGAAAGCGCAACGAUGGGAAGUUGCCUUUCUGCUACUACAACGAGCUGGUACUGCCACAAGUCCCAUGUUCAACUCCUGCAUCAGCGCCUGCAGGAGAGGCAAGCAGUGGCACAGUGCUCUGGAACUACGGGAGCAGCUUCAGUCCUCAGACGGCCUUCAGGCAGACGCAGUGACUCUCGGGGCCCUGGUGAGUUGUUGCGACAAGGCCUUGCAAUGGCGCUGGGCCAUCGAGUCGUUUCGCCAUCAACACUUUGUGGCUAGUGAUGUGGCCUACAAUGCUGCGGUUUCUGCCUUGCAAACUUCCAUGAAGUGGCACCAGGCGAUUGACGCCAAGAACGAGAUGAUCCAAAAGUCGGUCCAAAGUGACGUACUCACCAUCAUUUCUUUGGUGGGCGCCAGCAGGAGUUGGGAGCACAGUCUUCUUCUCUUGGGAGGCGCAGAUUUUCCAGCCGAAGUUGCAGCUUGUUGGGAUCCAAUCUUGGCGGAUUGUGAGCGGCGGCUCCACUGGUCUCCAGUACCUGGUUUGCUCGAAGAGCUGGCCCUGCUGGAGUGGCACUUCUUGGCCAAAAAAAGUGGUUGCCAAAUGUUGCCAAACACUUCUGUGUCGCAGUAG